AGCGCGUUUGUUGCAUCGAUAAACUGGUAUUUUGCCAACACCGGUAAUCGUGCGAAACGAUGCUCCAAUAAUUCAAUGCCAUUCGGAGCUAACGGAAUGCCGUUAUCGUCUCCAAUCGCGAUCGACAAAGAAAACGAAGAAACUAUAUACAGUUGCUAAAAGCAUCAUUAGCUGAUCCAAUAUGGCGCGACUUUUGCGUCUCCGAAUUCUAAAAAAAGCGUCAGCAUUUAUGCGUUGGGUAUUCGUUUUCAAAAGCGAAAGACGCAGCGACGAAAGGCUCCAGGAGCAUCUCGUCGGCGCCUGCAAAAGCGAGAAAAUUCAGUGAAAGAGUCACUUGUGCAGUGACAGUGCUUUCCAGGAGUUACCACGUCGCAAUACCCAGGCUACGUCACUGGCGGGGUCCUCGUGACACAGAUCAACGGCGGCAACUAUAACGGUAUCCGUUGGUGACCUACUCUCGGCGAAGUCGCGCUCUCUCGGUCCUCCACCUUCGUCCUCUCUUCGUUUCGCGUCUUUCUCCUGGUUCUCUCCUUUCGUUCCAGGGCCGAGUAUCCAACCGGGUCUCUACGCUGGGACUGAAAUAUCAUAUUUGUCAAUUACGCAAAGAUGUGUACUGUGAGCUCCUUCAAAGAGACGAUUCUCCGUACUCUAUACGCUAAUUCAACGUUAUCUAAAUUAGAGAGUGUCGGAUACCUUCGGCCGUUUUAAUUGCCACUACCUCGUCCACUUUUGCUCGAGCGGAAACCAUCAGCCGGGAAUCAGGACGUGGGCGAGGCGAGAUGGUCGGCCGCCACUGUGUGCCGUAUAGCAUCUUCUCUCCCGUACGUGGCUACACUUUUUCUUCCACGUGAGAAGCAUCGGUACGGGUCGCGUAUGGGCGGACGAGACCGGACCGCGGCUGAUUACGGACAGACAGUAAUGAAAGCGGCCUGCUUGUAGUAGGUAGGUAGGUGCGCGUCCGCCGUCUGUCAUGUAGCCGCGCCGAAGCCGUCAAUGAGACCGACAGCCGCCGCCGUUGCUGUUGUUGUUGUUGUUGUUGUUCCUCGAGCGUAACAGGGUGACGCAGACCCUGCGAGAGAGAGAGAUUAUUCAGAGUAGUUAAGAUUGUCAAACGGUUCCACCGCGGGUCCAGCCGCUGGACCAGCGAGUUAUGAGAGCGAUCGCGCUCCUCGUUCUUCAGGUGACCAUCGCAUCGCAGUUGACGAAAUGUCAAGGCAGCAGUGGCGGGCCGAGCACGUUCGGAUACGACGCGUCCUCGGCCUGCAGCAAGCCGUACUCGCGCGCAGGACGCGCGCACCACGAGGACCUGCCCUGUGACUUUCGCCGACAGAAUUGGUGCACGAUCGCCGGUAGCACGUAUCCUUGGCACGCAGUACGUCGAUUCGUACAGGAGAAUCAGGGAUUGAUGAGACGCAUGUACGGCGAUGAGAGUUACAUUAAUAUUCUGCGCGCGGAAUUCGAGAAGAAUGAUAUCGAAUUAAAAUACGAUGAGUAUCAUCAUCAUUUCGCCGACGAUCUUAGACAUUUCCAAUAUGACGACGAUUACGAGUUGAUCGGCAACGAUCAGAAGCUGAACGCUGGCGAGAGUCGCGGAUUCGUCAGUCGCUCCUUCAACGAUCCCAUCGCCAAACGACUAAACAAAUUUCCGAAGCUCAGCGAGUACACCAGGCCGCACUUUAGACCCACCGAACGGACCACUAGUUCGACUACCUCGAGCACGAAGCUUCCCUCUUCGACUUUGUCUUCCACGUCGACCAGUGCCACGACUUUCAGUACGCCAUUCUCGACCAUGUCUAAUACUACUGUAAUAAACGUGGAACAGAAGCAGGAAGAAGAGAUGAAGACUCAAUCUCUCGUAACGUCAACUUCCACAAAGAUUUCAAACAUCACUACUGAGAUUACUGAAGGUGUUGAUGAUGCUGCGGCGAAUAAUACAACGACAGCUUCGCCGAGCGUCACUGUGGCUCAAAUCGUGAGAGAACAAAAUUUUAGCAUCAACGAGAUCCCCGGGCAGAAUGACAGGAUCGACGAGGACCUAGAUGAACUUGUUGAAGUGGCGCAUUCGGAAGAAACAACCCUCAGAGAGGAUACGACUUUGGAAUCGGCCGGAAUGACGUCGUCGACGACGACGACGACGACCACGACGAAUGUCGUCAGUCUCACGGAGUCGUUAGUCGAGCGAGAUGAGGAAGCGGAGGUCCUUGACGCUGCUACAAAGACAACCGUACAUGAGGAAAUAGUAGCUGCAGCAAGCAACGAGCAACAACAGUUCAGACCGCGUCCGGAGUAUCGGCCGUCGAGCGUGGCCGAGUCAAGUGCUCCGGCAAGUGUCAGUGGACAACUUUAUCAGGACGUCGCGGCGAAGGAUCAUCACGAGCAACCGGUGCUGAAGCUUAGAGGCGUGAACGCCUGCCCGGUCAAAGAGGAAGUCGUUGCACCAUUCUGGGCCAACAACACUCGCGGCGAGGUCUUGGCUCUCCUCAAUCUCUAUCCCUUCGAGCAGUACGUACAUUGGGAGAAAUGCACGCACGAGAACAAGCAAAUGUACUGUCGUGACGGAUGCAGAUGCGAGCAGCAGUAUCGGCUGCAUCGGCUGCUGGCUUACGAUCCCAACAACGAGUGUCGCGGAAUUUUCAGCGAUUGGUUCAAGUUUCCCAGCUGCUGCGUCUGUCGCUGUUACGAUCUGCCAUUAGAAUUUCGAGUGACAUCACGUUCACCACGCACUUCGCGCAAGCGACGAAUCAAGGUGCAACCACCAAUGCGGGACCGUUAUCCGUGAUUUAAUUGUUUUCUUCUUGGCGAAUUGCCAAAUGACACGACGUGUGAAGAACGUCCCGCUAGAUAUAAUCGUUCACAAAAUUUCAAAAAAGGCAAUCAAUUAGUAACAUCGUCUUUCUAUUCAAUUCAAUUUAGAGAUAUUUAUUAUUGUUAACAUUUAUUCCUUUGUUAACAAAUUU